UGAGCGAUGUGCACUUUUCUUUCUUGAUCAGUUUCUAGUAUCAGGCCAGGAAUUUUCCCACUUACACUGACAACACUACCUGAGCACUACCUAAGGAUCUCAGCUGACAAGGAAAGAAUCCUGAAACCUACUGCCCUACUGAGUUUAGACCCAUCAGUGUGACAACAUGUGCACAGGGCAGUGUUCCCGUUGCAUUGCUGUGAAUCUAUACCCAUUAGCAGUGAUAUCCAUCCUCUGCAACAUCCUGUUGUUCUUCCCCGGCUGGGACGUCAAGUAUGCCAAAGAUGGACACAUUACUGAGGAGGUGAAAUACAUGGGAGGACUCGUUGGAGGGGGGCUCAUGGUGUUGGUGCCAGCACUUUAUAUCCAUUUGACUGGAAAACAGGGCUGCUGUGCAAACCGCUGUGGGAUGUUCUUGUCCAUUGCAUUUGCUGCAGUCGGCGUGGCUGGCGCCCUGUACAGUUUCUCUGUGGCAGUGCUGGGUUUGCAGAACGGGCCCCUGUGUAAAGUUGUUGUGCUUUGGACAACACCUUUUAAAGACAGAAGUGAGAGUUACCUGACUGACCGUAACUCCUGGGGAACCUGCUGGGAGCCCAAGAAUGUGGUGGAGUUCAACGUGGGCUUGUUCUCAACCCUGCUGGUGGUGAGCGCCCUGCAGGUGGUGCUCUGUGGCAUUCAGAUGGUCAACGGCCUGUUUGGCUGCCUGUGUGGGACCUGCAGCAAGAAAGGGGUGCUGUGAGCUCCUGCUCAGUGGGAGGCCCGUCAUCCACACUCCAUACAUCUGUAACCAGCGAUGCCCCCUCCACUGGCGACCCCUGGUGGAAAGCUGAGAGAAGUGUUCAUGGGUGAUAAAACAUCCAGUUGAUGGUCAUCGUCAUCAUCAUUUCACCCCAGAUAUACUGUAUAUAUUUUUGUGUAUUCCAUGGUGCACCACAUUUCUUUAUAUUAACCAACAAAGAAAGCUGGACAUGCACUGAAAAAGCCAUGCAUUUAUGUAUGUUGAGAAGCAGGCACACCAUAAGAAAUAAGCCUGACUCAAAUUAGUCACUAAACUUUAAAUAAAUUUGUUUAAAAAAAAAAAAAAA